AUGUCAGAGCAGCAGACCGGACCCAAGGGCGGCUUCGCCCACACCCUCGCCUCGCGCGUUGAGGAAUGGAGCUCCAGCAUGGAGCAGUCCGACCCCGACUUCUUCCCCAAGUCGGCAAAGGGCCAGUCUCCCAAGAUUCUCUGGAUCGGUUGUGCCGACUCUCGCAUCCCCGAGUCGACCAUUCUGGGCCUGAAGCCUGGUGAGGUCUUUGUCCACCGCAACAUUGCCAACAUCAUCCAACCCACCGACAUCAACUCGCUGUCCGUCAUUGAAUUCGCCGUUGCACACCUCAAGGUCGAACACAUCCUCGUCUGUGGCCACACCAGCUGUGGUGGUGUUAACGCUGCUCUUGCAAACAACAGACUUGGUCUGCUUGACGUUUGGCUCCAGCCCAUGCGCCAGUUGAGAAUGGACCACACAGACGAGCUGGAGAAGAUGGACAACCAGAGUGAGAAGACCCACAGACUCAGCCAGUACAACAUUCUGCGCGGUCUGGAGGUUCUUAGAAUGAACCCCACCGUCAUCGAUGCUAUGACCGAGCGCAACCUGCAGCUGCACGGUGUCAUUUACCACGUCGAGAACGGCAAGCUCGAGGUUGUCGAGUCUACCGAGGACGAGCACAGACUGAAGAAGCGUCUGGCUGCUUUCACCACAAAGCAGGCCGCAUAA